AAAAAUUUAAAACGAUUUCUAGAAUGGAGAACGAAAGAAAGAGAAUCAUUGAACAGAAAUCUGAAGAGUCACUCACCGCAAGCAGUACUGAUGAUCAGAAUGAGAAUCUUUCAUCGACACCGUCCACGACCGUUGACGAUCAAGACUUGCUGACAUUUGAUGUCGAAGAAAACACGGAUAGAAACACGGAUUACAAUUACUAUAUAAUCGAUGAGGUGACAGCAAAGAACGAGGUUAAAAAAGAAAACGCAAAAGAUUUAAUUUUGGCUGCCAUCUUAAAAGAUGAUGCAACCCAAACAAAAGCCUUAAUCGAACAGUUGACGGGUAACUUCAAUGGAAGUGACGAUACCAUCUGGCUAUGCAAAGCUUCUGAACAAUGUAAAUUGAAUGUGGCCAAAAUGUUAAUUGAAAAUGGAGUUAGUGUUGAAGUCCAUAAAAAAGAUGAAUGGCAUCCACUCCACAUAGCUGCAUUCAAUGGCUGUGACGAAGUAGCCAAACUUCUUAUCGAAAACGGUGCUGAUCUUAAUAUCAAAAAUGGAAUUGGAUACUCAUCGCUUAAGAUUGCGAUAGAAAAUGGUCAAGAUAAAAUCACAGACUUACUCAUUAAAAAUGGGGCCAAAACUGAUAUUGAUGAUUUAUGGUAUACGGAGUAUGUCGCACGUCAUACAACAGAAUAUACGGAUAGUACAACAGAGCUAGCAACAGAGAGUACUACUGAAAACGACGUGAUCGAAAAAUUCAUCGAAACUGAUAAACAAAAGGAUAAAGAUAAUGUAAAAGAUAUGAUUCUUGAUGCCAUUUCAAAGGAUGAUGGAAAGCAGACAGAAAACCUAAUUGAAGAUUUGAUUGCUGGUUACUUAAAAAUUGCUGCCGAACAAUGUAAACCAAAGGUGGCAAAAAUGUUAAUUCAAAACGGUGUAAAUGUUAACGUUAGCUAUGGAGAAUGGAAAUGGCGUCCACUUCACGUGACCACUUACUCCGACUGUGAAGAGGUAGCCAGAAUUCUUAUCGAAAAUGGUGCUGAUAUUAAUGUCAAAACAGGAACUGGGUUCACAGCACUUCAUCUGGCCGCGAGAAAUGGUGGAGCUAAAAUCGUAGAUUUGCUCAUUAAAAAUGGAGCUGACACUGAAACCAAAGAUUCCAAUGGUUUUUCUGGAUUGACCGCACUUGAAUGGGCUCUAAUGAGAGGUUAUGAUGAUGUCGUGAAAGUUUUCACCGAUAACGGAGCAAACAAAGCGAAAACAGACUCUGAUUACAUAUAUUAAUAAUUAUUACGAUUAUUAUUAAAUAACCAAACUGAGAUGAAUUUUCAUAAAAAUGUCAAUCCAUCAGAUUUAACACCAACAACUACAAAAAUAAAACACUAUUUUGCAGACAAUAUAUUGAAUUAACUGGUCAGUUGAGCUGACAGUACGUUAGCCAGCUAAAUGGGCGAAAACAAUAGACGUUAUUGUUUUAAUGAUGAAUCA